CAGGCAGGGGCCUAGCUACAAAUAUUUCCCCACUAAAAAUUCUACUUGUUCCCGAUAGCUAUAAAACGCCGCCGCGAUUUUCUUUUGGCACGAGUCCAGCACUCUCUCUCAUUUCAACACCAAUUGCAGCGGCGGCGCGUGUAUCUCACUUCGAGCUCUGCUGCCCUUAAAGCCCGAACUUGCUUGCGAACAUCUUAUCAUCAGCUGGUUGAGCCGGUUGAACGAUGAAUUUUGCGGAUGAGGAUUUUGAGCUGAGAGAAGUUCAGCAACUCGAAGGUCACGCCGAUAGGGUUUGGAACGUCGCCUGGAAACCGGCAACCGGAGCCGACGGUGUCCCCGCCGUGCUUGCUUCCUGCAGUGGAGAUAAAACCAUCCGCAUCUGGGAGCAAAGCCCUCUUACCGGCUCUUUCCAGUGCAAGGCAGUUUUGGAGGAUACUCACACUAGGACUGUUAGAUCUUGUGCUUGGUCGCCCUCCGGCAAAUUGUUGGCGUCAGCAAGUUUCGAUGGCACCACUGCUGUAUGGGAAGAUGUUGAUGGCGAUUUUUCCUGUGUUUCUACUCUAGAGGGUCAUGAGAAUGAAGUUAAAAGCGUCUCCUGGAAUGCAUCUGGAUCGUUGCUCGCGACUUGUGGUCGAGACAAAUCAGUUUGGAUAUGGGAAGUAUUACCCCAUAAUGAGUUUGAAUGUGUUUCAGUUUUACAAGGACAUACACAGGAUGUCAAAAUGGUGCAAUGGCAUCCUUCAAUGGAUAUUCUGUUCUCAUGCAGCUAUGACAAUGCAAUCAAGGUCUGGGCGGGUGAUGGAGACAAUGAUGAUUGGAAUUGUGUACAGACUUUAAAUGAAUCCAACAGCGGACAUACAUCUACAGUCUGGUCCUUAUCUUUUAAUACCAGUGGAGACAAGAUGGUUUCCUGCAGUGAUGAUCUCACCGUUAAGAUAUGGAAAUGUGACAUCGUGAAGGCACAUUCCGGAGAUGGCAUUGCACCUUGGACGCAUCUCUGUACCCUCUCUGGUUAUCACGACCGGACUAUUUUUUCCGUUCACUGGUCAAGGGAGGGAAUAAUUUCCACUGGUGCAGCUGAUGAUGCCAUACGCCUAUUUGUUGAGAAUGAAGAUGGCCUGGUUGAUGGGCCUGCAUACAAAUUGCUUCUGAAGAAAGAGAAGGCACAUAAUGUGGAUGUAAAUGCUGUGCAAUGGAGUUCCGUGGAGAGCAAGCGUCUUGCAUCUGCAAGUGAUGAUGGAACAGUCAAGAUAUGGGAACUUUGCUCAUCAACUGGACACGACAAACAAUAGUUUUUAUCUUUUGAAGAUAUGUGGACUAUUUUCCCUAUGUUCUGUAACUAAUAUGAGUCUUGUGAUCAAUUUUAGUAAGUUACAAAGCAUGAACAAUUUCUUAAUAGAAGAUUUUUCCAUCCAAGUAACUGUGCCCUCGUGUGGACGAUAUUUAAUUUGAAGUGUUCUCGGGCUCCCUGUUCCUUUUAUCCAUCAAUUUGGAUUAGAUAUUUUUGGUUUUGGGCAAGGUUUUGUUACUUAUGUUUUGUCUAUGUACUGGGGGUGAUUGGAUAUAAAUAAUGUGGAUUUUGAUUGAAUUUAUUGAUUAAAGUGAAUUAAUUUUAAAUAAAGUUGG